AUGAGUGAAACAGCCAACGAAGUAUACGAUGUCAUCAUCGUCGGUGCAGGCCCCUGUGGCCUCGCCACAGCUUCUCGGCUUCGCGAGCACACUCCCGCCGCCCUCUUCACGGACGAGGAGCAUCGCCGUUACCAUUGGAUUGGCAAGUAUGGCAAGCAAGUCGCUCUCAAGCACGUCAAGAGUGGUAAAGUCUCGCAGGCUCGGCACUCGAAGGCUUCGCGUCCCGAAUACAAGAUGCUCGUCUUAGACGCCACGGACAACAAGUGGCUCGGCCGAUGGAACCAUCUCUUCAAGACAUAUGACAUCUCCCAUCUUCGAAGCCCGAUGCUCUGGCAUGUGGAUCCACUGGAUAGAGACGCGCUUCUGGCUCACGCAUAUUACCAUCGUCGAGAAGAUGAACUUGUCGAGAUUCGCAACUGCGUGGGCAAGGAAAUUAGCAAGCAUGCGAGCAAAAAGAUGGCCAAGCGCCAGGUGUGUGGCGGCAAGCAGGAAGCAAGAAUCGAUAUCAAUCUUCGAGACCGAAACGACUACUACACACCAUCCCAAGCCCUCUUCAGCGACCACUGCGCGCAAGUCGCCGGACGAUACGACCUUGGACAGCAGCUGAUCCGCAAGGAGACACUGCAAGACAUCGACUAUGGCGAAGUCCAGGGCAUCUCGUUAGACGGCGCAAAGCUUUUCACUGUCACCACAGACAAGACGAGGCAUUACUAUGCCAAAGCGGUCGUCCUUGCAGUCGGCCCAGCAAACACGCCCAAGAUCCCUUCUCUCCCAUCAGCUCCCUUCACGGCCAGCGGCGCUCUCCCUCAAGCUUGUCACAGUAUGCAGAUCAAGCAGUUCCCCGACGCUCUUGUCCAAUCACGUAUUGCCGCCGGCUCUUCGACCAAUGUCCUCAUCAUUGGCGGUGGCCUCACCUCUGCCCAGCUCGCUGUCCUGGCCCUCAAGAGAGGCGUGACCAAAGUGUGGCACCUCAUGCGCGGCCCGCUGCGGAUCAAACACUUCGACGUCGAUCUUUCAUGGAUGGGCAAAUACAAAAACGCCGAACAAGCGCGCUUCUGGACCGCGGACUCGGAUCUCGAACGCCUCGCCAUCAUCAAAGAGGCCCGCGGCGGUGGCAGCCUCACGCCUCUUUACUACAAGAAGGUGAAGAAGUGCAUCGCGGCUGGCACUAUAGAGCUACGCACCCUUACCACUCUCGUGGACGCGGAAUUGAAGGACAUAGAUGGCUCCAGUUUCUGGUCCGUUCAGACAGAGCCCCCUAUUGCGGGGUUACCCGCCUUCGACUACAUAUACUUCGCCACCGGAAUCCAGACUGACUUUGCUUGCCUGCCGUAUCUUCAAACCAUGCUACAGAAAUACCCCAUACACGGGCAUGGUGGGUUUCCCUGCAUCAAUGAGGAUCUCAUGUGGAAGGAUGGCAUUCCUCUCUUUUUGGCUGGGCGACUGGGAGCUCUUCAGAUUGGGCCAGCAGCACCGAAUAUUGGGGGGGCAAAAGUCGCGGCAGAGAGAGUAGCAUGGGCGAUUGAAGAUACGAUCAGGCCGGAUUCAUUCCAAGAGGAUCAUGAAGAAGCGAACAGUGGGCUAGCAACUUAUCUCUCAGGCCACGGAAACAUGUACAGCAUCUUACAAGAGGAGAACAACUGA